AUGGAUGAACAGAACGCGACGAGCAUGGAUCUCGAUUUUCUGGAACUGGCGCAACAUUUUGAAUAUAACAAUUCUAUCGAUGAUCAAACGCUCUCACAGAUAGAACAGUUGAUAGAGGAUGAAGUAAACGUGUUUGAUGGUAUUGGGGAUUUAUCUCUUACUCAAAUAGAUUUUAAUUUGACCCAGGAACCGGUUAAACCCGAGAAUGUUAUAAAGCAGUUGGACCAUUCUGACGAUCGAUUUGGAAAGUUUUACGAUGACGACGAUAUGGAAAACCUUCUAAAGUCUACCGAGAGUAAAAACACAAGAAAAAACACAAGCUGGAGUGUGAAAACUUUCAAAGAAUGGCGAUCUGCACGUAUCUUCGGUACCGGAAGUGAAAUUCCAGAGCUUGAACAUUUAAUCGAACCUGCACUCAUUAACAAAUGGCUAGGUAAAUUCGUUGUCGAAGCUCGCAGGAAAGAUGGCCAGCCAUAUCCCCCAAAAUCACUCUACAUGUUAUGCAUUGGAAUACUAAGAUACUUUCGGGAAUGCGGCAUACACGAAAAUUUUCUUGACGAAAAAGACUCAAAAUUUUAUGAAUUCCGUCGCAUUCUUAGUGCGCGAAUGAGUGAAUUAACGGUAUUAGGAGUCGGAACUCGUCCAAAACAAGCGGAACCCAUAAGCAAAGAAACUGAAAAUGAACUAUGGGAAAAGGGAUUACUCGGUGAUUGGACUGGAAAAGCGCUUUUGAAUACAAUGUUUUUCUACAUUUGUAAGCUGUUCGGCCUCCGUGGCGUCGAUGAACACAGGGGGAUGGAGAUUGACCAAACAGAGCUAGGAGUCGACCGGUAUGGACACUUUGUAAAGUUUAAAGGGAGAUCAAACAAGACGUUCAAAGGAGGACUAGCACAACGCCACGUACAAGCCAAGGAGAUGGUGCAUCAUUUCCAAAAUAUGAUGUUGUACAACAUGUACCAAAAAUACAUUGAAAUUAUUACCAAGUGCGGGGAAAGUCGUGCGUUUUACCGCCGAGCCCUAGAAAACGGCCCAAACAAUGAAUUGCGGUUCAGCCAACAAGCAAUCUGUGUGAAUAAACUAGCUGUCAUUAUGAAAACAAUUUUUCGGAGGCUGGAAUUCCGGGUUAUUUUACGAAUCAUUCUGGAAAGCGCACUCUAG